UCGUAGUUAAUAUUCGCAUAACAUACUUUACUUUUUUUUUAAAAUGGUGAAUCGUGUUCUAAAAAUCUGAUUUCACUUCAAAUUGGGCUGCUAUUUAUCUUACCUGGAAACCUUCACUAAAUCCUAAAUAAUUUGUUCUGCUCACCAUCUGACGGUAGAUCAUCAGAUAUGAUUUGCACGGUUGGGGUUGUCGUCUUUAGGAGUCCCUGAAAAUCGCAUUUGACUCUAUUGAUGAACACAGUUAAGGUAUGUUGGAUAUCUUGAAGAGUUAUGUUGAACUCGUAGAGCCAUCGGUCGAUGUUUUUGAGUCCCUAUCAUUGAUAGCUUAGACUCAACCAGUACCAUCAAGUCAGGUCAUUCAAGAAUUGAACAUUCUCCACCCGACGCCCAGCCCAUGGGAAGAGAAUACAGAUCCACGUCCUUUAGCAAUAACAUGAUGCAGAUAGAAAAAUACUAUGGACCUCCUCCUCCUCCCACCACCACCACCAGGCCUAAUGAUUUCAGGCCAUACAGUGCUUCCUAUGCGGCGGCGCCACCACAAAUAAAGGACUGGAAAAUCAAGAAAGACAGUGGAAAAUCUUGGAGUUUCCAUGACCCUGAAUUCCAGAGGAAGAAAAGGUUGGCUAGUUACAAAGCUUACUCUGUUGAAGGCAAAGUCAAGGGGUCUGUCAGGAAAAGCUUUAGGUGGCUUAAAUAUAAGUACAACCAAGUGGUCUAUGGAUGGUGGUAAACUGGUAAACUCAAUCAUUCGUAUUUGGGAUUGGGAUAAUUUGGAGCAUGUUUCCACGAUUCAAAGUACCUUUCUAUGAAUUAGAAUGUUCUUAUUUCUCUUGGCGUUCAAUUUCCAGAUAUUAAAAUCAAUUAACACGACUAUGAUCAGCUAGUAUUUGAAGGGCGCAGUGCUAAUGAUUUUUAUGUUUAAACAUAUUAUGUUACAAGUUUUCUACUUAUUAAUAAAAAAGUAUUUUCA